AUGGACGCUCAGCGACAGCCUCUUCCCGGGCCCAAGGAUACCGACCACAGCUCUUUGCACUCUACCCACGCCAUUCCACAUUCGGCCUCCGAGCCUCCCAACUCCUCUUCCUCCACCUCUUCGAAUGACCCCUUACAUGUCGCAGCUGCAGUACAUGAACACGCCGACGGCGAUGCUGUUCCACCAUCUCUGAAGAAAGAUGAGCUCUCACCACCGCCGCAAUCACCCAUCGCACAGGAGGCAUCCUCAACCCUGCGGCCCACAGGGCCAUCACGGGAACGAGAAGUAGCAACCUACACCGCCGCCGCAGCAGUCCGGGGCCGCAACCUGGACAAGCAUGGCAACUUUGACUCUGACUUUGAUCCUAAUCCUCGGCCCUCGCUUGCUUCAUCCGCUGGAUCGCCUGUGACUUUGAUCAAGAAUUUGCCCGAUGCCCUCAAUACCACCAUCACCGCUCCCGGCCGCACUCUCGACACGAUCAAAGCAAAACUUCAGGCACCUAGCACGGGGCAGAAGAGUAAGAGUGAUAUUCCUAGCUCGAUAGCUCAGAUCGAGCAUGAUUUGCGGUGCAACCAAGAAGCGCCGGGUAAUUUGAGUCCGAUCAAGUCUCCUACCUCCCCUGCAGCGAAGGUGGGGGAUGCGGAGAAGGAUGGCAAACCGGCAAAGUCGAGUUCGUUCAGCUCGUUGUUGGGGGGUAAGAACAAGAAGUCCAAUCCAGUUUCGGUGCUGAUGCAGAGAGGACCGAGGAAGUCAGAGUCUAGUGCGAGGCCUGACAGUGCGCUUUCGCCGCGUCGCAAGGGAAGCGGUGUCUUGGAGGAGGGCGAUGGAGAGCAGGGACAAGGGAACCGGUUGAGGGAGGAGGAAGAGGAGGAAGAUGAAGGGAUUGUGAGGCAGAGAAUUAAGGAUCAACAGAAGCGAUUGGAGGAUUUGGAUGAGGCACAGACGAUGGGGUUGUUACGUACUCAGCAGGAAGGAGGGAUUGAACCGCCUGGGUCGCCUUCUUCUCCCACUGCAAAGCCGUCUUGGCCGGUUGCUUUGCCGUUGUUUGGUAAUAAGCAUGGCAAAGCCAAAGACGAGAGUGCGGAUGCAGGUGAAGAAGGUUCUCGAGGACGAAGUGAUACUCCACAUCGAGCCAAUUCCGAAAAGCUCAAAAGCACAAUCAAUCGGUCGCAAAGCCAUGGUCGAUCGGCUUCUGCCUCACGAGCAGCUCGCAGCAGGAGCCGCCCUCGCGAAGAUGGAACACCUCGUCGUCGCGGUAGCGGAAAACUCGAACCACCUCAACGCAACUCCACCACCUGGACCUCGAAACUCCGCACUAAAAUCCCUAUCAAAGAAUUCCCACUUCAAGGAAGCGGUGCAGAAUCCGAAUUCAACCAAGAAUGCCCCCUUUGGGCACGUCAACCGUGGAAGUACCUCUACUUUUCUUACUUUGGUCUCAGCGUCGGCUUCUUCUACCUCCCGCGAUGGGCUAUUACCUCCGCCUUCCCGUCGCAUAGAGGAAGGAAAGAUUGGAGCUGGAAGAAAGCGACAAUGGUCAAACUGUAUCGGCAUGGGACGCAAUUAACGUUCAGAACGAGAACAAGUUUGGGGAGGGAUCUGCAGAAGGAGGUGCCGCAUAGCAAGACUGUGAGGUGUAAGUUUACAUGGGUUGAUCCCGUGGGGGAGGAGGACGUUAGGGGUGAGUUGAGGAGGGCGAUGGUUAUGCAAAAGGUACAGCCGCAGAGGACGUGUGGAUUUUGGUAUGGGGAUGUGGCUGAGCAGGCUAAGCAUAGGCAUAGGCAUGGGUUUAUGAGUAGACACAGACAUGGAAGUAACCAGACCGGGGCGAGUGAUACUCCGAUGCAGGAGAAUGGAGUCAGUCCGGGGGUUGAAUCGAGUGCUAGUUUCGGUGCAGGAUCAGAAGGAGAACUAGGAGAGGCGAAGGGAGGGGUUGGAAGACCGGCCGAACCAGGGGAGAAAGUACUGUUUCAUCUUCAUGGUGGAGCAUAUUGGAUUGGAACUGCGCAUGAGAAGGAUGUGACUGCUGCGGUUAAUACUGAGCCUCUACGAUACAUGGCAGAGAUUUACAGGGCGAAAGAGGCACAGGCGAAUGUUGCUUCGUCUUCAUCUUCCUCCUCGUCCUCCGGCUCUACUCCCUACCAAGGCAAGCUCUUGCGAUCGUUCAGUUUGGACUAUCGACUCUGCGUUCCUGGUCGACCUCGGGCAGGGUCUUACCCAGCUGCACUCCUCGAUGCGCUUUCCGGCUAUCUUUACUUAGUUCGCCAACUAGGGUUUAAGGAAGAGAACAUCAUUGUUGCUGGUGAUUCUGCCGGUGGGAACCUCGCCCUUGCUCUCUGUCGUUACCUUCGCGACGAACGUGAAUCUAUCGCAAAACAACCAGGAAGUUUGUUGCUGAUGUCACCAUGGGUAGACGUAUCUCGUUCGCACUCCGGUCCCACCGGUGCACCCAACCUCGACUCCACCGUUUACACCAAUCAGAAGUCGGAUAUUAUCAGUAGCAUGUUAGCCUUCAGAAACACUGCUGUUUCGGCCUUUCUCGGCGAUCUUCCGGCCAGAGAAACCUAUAGGAACCCUUAUAUCUCUCCAGUUUCGCUGCAACUUCCGCUGGAACGAGGGGGUAAAGGACCGCAUUACGGAUUCCACGGGUUCCCCAAACGGAUCUAUAUCACCUCUGGAUCAGCUGAAAUCUCUUAUGAUCAGCACUUAACUCUCGCACAUCGACUCGCAAGUGGUACGAAAAAGGGAAGGCCAACUUACACAGGAGACAAACUCUCCGCUGGUUGCAAUGCGCGCGAGAUGGCCGAACGAAGGAACAGACCCAGACCAAAGGAAAUGUUGGACUCUGAACAAGGGGAGAUCGGGGUCAAACCGCAAGGGUAUGAUUUGAAGCUUACUCAGUCUCCGCAGGGUGUAACGGAGGGGGUUGCGGAGGGUGUUGCGGAGGGUGUGAUUGAUGGUGAGCCAAACCACUCCACUGUAAAACAGCAGAAUGGACCCCAAAAUGGAGGAGAGGGUAAUGGAGAGGGUAAAGGGAAGAGACCGGUAGCUAACCCACCCCCUGAGCCGGAGGAUAGGGAAGAUAGAGAGGUGAUCUUUGAUGAGGUUAAGGAUGCAGUUCAUGACUAUUUGUUGUUCAAAUGGUUCGAACCGGAGAGAUCGGGGACUUGGAGGAGGAUUGCGCGGUGGAUUGAUGAAGGUCCUUAG